AGCUUGGCUCGAGCGAUCGGCUCGAGAUGUGGCCUUCCACGAAGGAGACCGCGGCGCUGGUGCGGUAUCAGCACGUGGAACAGGACUCCGGCUCGGAGGAUGGCUUGGAGGCCCAAUCCGAUGGCUCCGAAGUCGACUCCAACCUCAGCCUGCCCUGGCGAAGCAUCAGCGCGACAGUGGCGCUGGUGUGCCUGGCGGGUGUAGCAGUGGCCAAUUUCCCCAGCAAAGAGUUCAGCCCCUUCCACUCCCAGCAUGCGGGAGACGUGGUGGACGAAUGGGAGAAGAUCCCGAACAUCUCCAGAGUUGUGCGGCGAGCGGAGGGCCUGGGGCCCCCGCCAGCGCGGAACCUGCGGGACCUCUUCACCACCUACCAGGAGUACCCGGCGGAGGUGCAGCCCUGGGCCACGGCCAGCUGCGUCAUCGACGCGGUGCAGGCGUCGGCGUACCUGGGGCAGGCGGUGGUGUACCUCUACAAGGCCAUCGACUACAAGGGCCUGGAGUGUCCCGACGACACGCCCGCAGGCUGUGCCAUCAGCGUGGCAGGCUUCGUGACGUCGCUGUCCUGGGUGGCCUCCUACCUGGCCCUGGCCUCCUCCAGCUGCUCCCAGGCCGUGAACCCGGACGCCCUCUGCGUGGCCGACUGGACGGCCCUCAUGGCCGACUUCGGGGAGGUUGCCACCAGCGGGGCCGGCGUUCAGAGGCACUGCGACUUCAAGGGCCGCAUCAGCGGCCUGCUGCUGCACCUCGACCGCGACGAGGCGAGGCACCCCUACUGGCACCGCUUCAUCCCGGCGGCCUCCGGCCCCGUGAACACGGCGAUCGACAUCCACCGGAAGCACCAUUACGACCAGAUGCGCAGCUUCGACAUCGCGCAAUGCGUCUUUGAUGUUACGAAUGCCGCGGCCUUCCUGGUGCGUGCCACCAUCCAAAUCAGAACUGCCACGCUGGGCUGCCCCGAUCCCAGGGCCUGCACCAUCGACAUCAUGGAUGUGAUCUCCUCGUUCUCCUGGAUCGCACGAUUCGUGUCGGACGCUGCGUCAGACUGCGCGGUGCGGGGCAGCUUGAAGGCGAAGUGCGCGGGGGAUAUCUCGAACCUGGUGGCGGCGGUGGCGAACGGCCCUGCCUCAGGCCUUGCCACCACCUCGGACUGCGCGGACUAUCCGGACCCGAUGAACGAGCUGCUGCACGAGCCCACGAGCCGCUAGGACACUCUCAAGCGUCUCACCUGACUGCCAGGGUUCCUCAUAAGUCCCGAUGUCAUUGCC